AUGAGUCAACUCGGAACCGUGUAUGCUACUAAACGUAGAAGACGAAAUGGAAAGAGUAUAAAGGCUCCACCGAAAGAAGGUGUUACUAAAAGUAAUCCAUCUAAGCGACAUCGGGAACGACUUAAUGCAGAACUGGACUUGCUGGCAUCUUUGCUACCAUUUGAACAAAACAUUUUGAGUAAACUUGAUCGGCUAAGUAUAUUGCGGCUAUCUGUGAGCUACUUGAGAACAAAAAGUUAUUUUCAAGUUGUUAUGCACAAAACAAAAGAAGAAAAUGGAUCAAACAAUUCAAUGCAUUUGCAUGACACAUACAGAAAUCGUGAUAUAACAACAUUUGAAGCCGGACCAAUAGACGGAGAAAUGUUUCUACAAGCAUUGAACGGAUUUGUGAUUAUUUUGACCUGUGAAGGUGAGGUAUUUUUUGCAACACACACGAUUGAGAGUUAUUUAGGAUUCCAUCAGUCUGAUAUUGUUCAUCAGUCUGUGUAUGAACUAGUACAUUCUGAAGACCGUGAAGAACUACAAAGACAGCUUCUUUGGAAUACAUUUUUACCAGCAGACCAAUUGACUGAAGCGCUAGUUCCUGAAAAAUCAACCUUGCUGGAGCGCAGUUUUACAGUUCGGUUUAGGUGUUUACUGGAUAAUACCUCAGGAUUUUUGCGAUUAGAUAUUCGAGGUAGAGUUAAAAUACUGCAUGGACAAAAUCGUAAAGCAGAGGAUCUCCCACUAGCUCUCUUCGCGUAUUGCACUCCAUUUGGACCACCCAGUUUGCUGGAGAUACCACAAAAGGAAAACAUGUUUAAAUCAAAACAUAAAUUGGAUUUUUCGUUGGUAUCGAUGGAUCAAAAAGGGAAACUAACACUGGGCUAUUCGGACUCCGAGCUUGCUAAUAUGGGUGGCUAUGAUCUCGUACAUUUUGAUGAUCUAGCUUAUGUGGCAAGUGCACAUCAGGAAUUGCUGAAAACAGGAGCGUCAGGAAUGAUUGCAUAUCGAUACCAAAAAAAGAAUGGAGAAUGGCAGUGGCUACAGACAAGUUCCAGAUUAGUAUAUAAAAAUUCAAAACCUGAUUUUGUAAUAUGCACACAUAGACAAUUAAUGGAGGAAGAGGGGCGCGAUUUACUCGGGAAAAGGACUAUGGACUUUAAAGUUAGCUAUUUAGAUACCGGAUUAACAUCGACCUACUUUACUGAUGCAGAUCAACUUAUUGCAACCCCCAGUGGAUCUCCAAGUACAUCACCAAUUUCUUCUCAGCAACGUUACAGUCGACGUUAUAAAACCCAGUUACGAGAUUUUCUGUCAACGUGCCGCUCGAAAAGAAAAUUAGCACAGCAAUCUUCUGGAGGACAGGUCACGUCUCCUGUUCAUAUGGUAGAUUACAUAAAUGAUCCAGCAGCAGCCGUAGCCGCUGCCUAUUCCAACCUCAAUCCAAUGUACCCCACAUCAGCAUAUGUAUCAACGGAUAACAUGUAUAUGACCCCACCAGCUCACUCAUCGAAUUUCUACUCCGUGUCAGAUAAUUUAUUUCACCAAUAUAGUAGACUGCAAGGUGUUAGCGGAUAUUAUUCGGAGUACUCAUCUGCUUCGACACCUUACAUUACAGCGAAUGGAUUUAUUCCUUACGAAGGUUAUAACGUGAAUAAAGAAGAAAGGUGGAUAAAUAACGGAAAAUCCACACCAGGGAAUAUCGAUGCCGAAAGAGAUAUGCACGGUGACUAUGAUAGAAAUGAAGUCAACAGGAGCACUAAAAGAUCACCCCCACUAUCGGAUACUACUGAAUCAAAGCAAACGCCAUCUCCGAUAAGAACAUCGCCGAGUACUGUAGACAUUUUAAGCCCAAUGAAACAUAAAACUAUUUCAAUGAAUGGUUCUGCUACUGAGAAUAGCACGAAAAACCUCAUUCCUGGAAGAAGUCGAAAUAACAAUGACCAAACACCUACGGUUUUAAAAGAAGAAUCGUCUAGCUCUCAGCACUUUGAACCACGGAGACAAACAGUUUUGAUGUGGGGACCCCGUGCUUAUCCUGUAUUUACCCCGAUUAUCUGCCAUCACCAACGUGAUCCGGAGCUGUACCUGAGUGUACCGAAUUUGGUCCUCACGUCCGCCGCUGCCACCACGAUCGUCAACCCCGAAGCUGAGAGAGCGUCCCUGCCAUCGCGCUUGACAAAAGUCCUGAGUGAGCCCGCAGUCGAAACGCCGGAGGUUAGCCGUCGAACCCCGUUCCAACGUCGCCGACCUGACCGCAAGUGGAUCCCGGUCAGCAUCGCCACCGGAAAUGAAACCCAGAUACCAAAAGGUAGUGUUACCACGGGAUGA